AAAGAGCAAAAAAAUCAUUUUUCGUCACAAAAAGUUGUAUGUUGUGUGGACUGUGCGUAUUUACUUUGCGAAUAAAAAUAUCUUAAAGAAUAACAAUCCCAAAAAAUGAGCUGUAACGAUAAAAACGAAGGAAUAUCUCGGGAAGAGUGGCAAUCUCGAUUGGAAACGUUCCCUUUUAAACAAGAUGACAUCAACAAACUGAUAAUGAAUUAUCUGGUCACAGAGGGAUUCAAGGAGGCAGCGGAAAAGUUCCAAGCAGAAUCUGGGGUGGAACCUUCGGUAGACUUGAGCUCGCUUGACAACAGAAUUUUAAUACGGGAAGCCGUGCAGAAUGGAAGAAUACAGGAGGCAACACAUCUCGUUAACCAACUGCACCCGGAACUGCUCGACAACGAUCGCUACCUCUACUUCCAUCUCCAGCAGUUGCAUCUCAUCGAACUUAUCCGGGCUGGAAAAAUUGAAGAGGCACUCACCUUUGCGCAGACACAGAUUUCCGAAGCAGGCGAAAGUAACCCGGAGGUGUUGAACGAGUUGGAGCGAACUCUUGCACUGUUGGCUUUCGAGAAGCCCCAAAACAGCCCAUUUGCCGAUCUACUCGAUCAAACGCACCGACAGAAGGUGGCCAGUGAACUUAACGCAGCUAUCCUCAAGAUGGAACACCAGGAACAGUCGAGUCCACGGAUGAUUAACGUGCUUAAGCUGAUCCUUUGGGCUCAAGCCGAACUUGACAAGAAGAAUGUGAAGUAUCCGAAAAUGAUCGAUCUAGCGACGGCUACUAUUGAUCCUAAAUAAAGACGGCGAAAAAAGGAAUUAAUAUAUAUACAUACUUAUGUGUAACAAUACUGAACAGUCGUGCUUUUUUUCUUCAAACCUUGGAUUAGAUGAAGGUCAUUUGAUUAUUUGUGGAAAAAUCAAAGGCCUUUGCAAGUAAAAUAAUACAUGAUAGAUCAGUGAAAUUCUUUCUGUACAGGGAGGUAGUGUUUUUGUCUAUUUAGAUCAUUGAAUUAUAGGUUUGUUUUAGUUGUAUAUUUAUCUCAAAUGAAACCUGAUCAUGAUGAUAAAGGUUAAUUAGAUUGUAAUGUUUUCAUUUGUCCCCUUUGCUGCUGCCAAGUAGCGCCCAACACUCUAAUGAAGAAAGUACGACUGUCUCAACUAAUGCAGAUACACUUGUCAAUGAAAAAAGAAAUGCAAAAUAUACAAUAAGGACAUUUUUCGGGUUUCAA